AUGGCAUGCGGCAUGGCGCCAUGCCCCCCCAUGGCAUGCGGCAUGGCGCCAUGCCCCCCCAUGGCAUGCGGCAUGGCGCCAUGCCCCUCCAUGGCAUGCGGCAUGGCGCCAUGCCCCCAGGCCCCAUGGGAUGGAGCACAAGCUGGCCGUGCCUUGUGCCAUGCCCAUACUGUGCCCCAGGCCAUGCCCUGUGCCCCCCGUGCUUCCCGUGCCGCCCCUCGCCCACUCUACCAGGAGGUGAUGGAGCACAAGCUGGUGUUCAUCGAGACUCAGGACGUGGUGGAGACCACCCAUGCUGCAUGCCAUGCCCAAUCUCACAUCCCCAUGGCCCGCGUGCCCCCUGUGCCCCCCACGGCCCGGCGGCAGGAGGUGAUGGAGCACAAGCUGGUGUUCAUAGAGACGCAGGACGUGGUGGAGACCACGCUCGCCCUCGACAACUACCGCCGCGCCUGUGACUGCGGCCGCGGGGGCGUCUUCUUCUCCAUCGCCAGGUGGGCUCCAGCUCGUGACGGGGGCAAGGUGGCGGAGGGGAUUGACUUUGACCGCCAUUAUGGCCGACUCGUCAUCAUGUUUGGCGUGCCCUUCCAGUACACCCUCAGCAGAAUACUGAGGGCACGCCUGGAGUAUCUGCGGGAGACGUUUCAGAUCCAGGAGAACGACUUCCUCACCUUCGACGCCAUCAGGCAAGCAGCGCAGUGUGUGGGGAGGGUCAUUCGGUCCAAGUCCGACUAUGGCAUCAUGAUAUUCGCCGACAAACGGUACAACCGGCAUGACAAGCGCAGCAAGCUGCCGGGGUGGAUCGUGUCGCAGCUGCCCGACGCACACCUCAACCUCUCCACCGACAUGGCCGUGCACAUCGCCAGGGAGGUGAGGCGUGCACAUCGCCAGGGAGGUGAGGCGUGCACAUCGCCAGGGAGGGAGGUGAGGCACCUCAACCUCUCCACCGACAUGGUGAUGUUGGGUGAGGCGGCGCGGCGGAGGCGGAUGAUGGGCAGCACCUGCAGCAGCGGGUCCGCCGCUUCCCAGCGUCGCCAGCAGUGGCAACAACAUCUGCGGGGCAUGCCGUCGCCCCUGCCUGCCACCGCCCUUCCUCUGCUGCCGUCUGCCCUUGCCGCGGUUUCUGCUGUAAGGGUGGAUGGAGGUGCUGUAAGGGUGGAUGGAGGUGCUGUAAGGGUGGAUGGAGGUGCUGUAAGGGUGGAUGGAGGUGCUGAAAGGGUGGAUGGAGGUGCUUUUCUGCGGCGCAUGGCACAGCCGUUUGACCGGGCAGCAUCGAUGGGCGGUGCAACUGCCACUCUCCUCAGUGAAGCUGACGUGGCAGCCAUGGCCAUUGGCAUGGGCACAGCAGGAUAG